GGCUCCGAAGGCUCCAUGGCAUGUUGGCUCAAGCUGCGUGCUUUUUUUCCCAGAGUUGUGACCGCGGGGAGCGGGACGACUCGAAUGGAUCGAAGCAGGGCCGGACCCAUGGUUGAAUUCGUUGUCGGCCUCUGGAUGGAGCAUUGCGACUUCAUGUGGGUUGCCCUCGCUGUGAUCCUCGUCGGCGUCUUCGUGCUUUCGCGAACCAGAGGCCUCGGUGGAAGCGGCUCUGCCGCGCCAGGCGCGCCGGGCAUCACAGUGCAGGAUUACCCUCAGCUCGGGAUACCGGAGCACCCUCUCAUGGAAGCUGCCCUCGAUCCCACUUCGGGUCUGUUGCGCAGCAAUCCAGGUGAGCCCAUCCCUUUCGAGAGCGAACUGUGCUCUGGCACGUUCAUGACCUUCCACUCGCCGACGUGUGCUGGCCCUGAGAGCGCGGGUAAUCUAGACUUCCGCGAUUACUUCAAGGGCAAGAAGCGACUGUGGGAGUUCAGGUUGUCCAUCCGUUUCAAGCAACCGCCGCCUGUGGGGGCAGAGAUGUUCCUAGGCAUAGAACUCGAGAAAUACGUGCCCAUGAACGGGGCCACCAAGAGAGUGGUCGCACUGAUCGUCUCGGCGAUACGGAAAGGCUUGGGCUCAGUCUAUCAUACGUUCGGGGACGAUCCUGACGUCGUCCAUGGCGAGUGCGAGAAGCCCGCGUUUGUGUUCCCUCUGUGGGCAUUUGACCAGUUCAUCGAGACGCCUGAAGGAGAGGAGCCCCCAAGUCUUACGGACGUGCACUUUCCCGAAAUGGGAUGCACGAGGUCUCGACGUGUCAAACAGUACAUCAAGGAGAUGGAGGCCCUCCAACUGAAUUUCAGAGUGGGCCCCUGUUAUACGUUUGCCUUGUGGGGCCCCGCUCGCUUUGCGGACGCGAUCAACUGGCAGCUCGUGGGCAUUCCCCUGGUCACGCCGUUCGACCUCGCCGGGGUCGCUGGAUCGCCCCCCGUGCACGCGAUGGUAUACUCGCUGGCCCCGUCCAGCGACCCGCGGGAUGAUCGGCACCUGGACUCGCGCAAGCGCCACUGCUUCCGCAUAGCCUUCUGGAGCUCCAACCGGAGGCCUCCCCGCGACCGCUUCGAGUCCCUGACGGGGGCGAGCGCUGCCCGCAGGGAGGCCACGGCAGAUGUCCCGCGCCGGCCCAGAGAGCAGGGGCUGCAUGAGCGCCUGGCCCGAAUGGGAAAGGCAUUCGAGGAGGCCAUCGCGGGCUCCUUGUGCUGCACGCGCACGCCCCGCAAGGCGGCGUGGGUUGCCGCGUGACCGGGUUCUGCCCGCGCCGUCUGCGGGGCGUGGGCCGCCCCUCGGCCUCGCAGGCUUAAAAUCGCAGGCCAGGGGGGGGAGAGGGCGCGCGCGCCCGAGGGUGCCUGUCGGGCCGAGCGGGCGGCAGCACGGUGGCAGUACAGGCCAGCGUAUGCUGCACGCUGCUCCUUGCCGCAUGCAUGCUGUGUGUUUCGAGCAGGGGCGAGGCGCCCUGGCCUGCCUGGAGGCCCACCGAGGCAUGCUCUCAGAGCCUCUUUGCGAUCUGCACGACUUGUUCUUCGAGCAUGUCUGGCCGAGGCUGCCCUGUUGUUUGGCACCUCGGGCUUGCGUCGUGAGAACACUGCUGUUGCUCUUAGAACAUUUGUUGGUUCUAAGAGCAUGUCGAGGUAGGCCUAUAGGAAUGCCGGGACGGUCGAUCCCUGCUCAAAUUCUGUUCCGAGCUGAUGCACCUGAUCGCGUUGGCCUCCGAACUGAAUUCUUAUAAUUUCCAUGCAGUUGCCCGCGCUCGGAGCAGAAUUGUUCCGCGUAGCGCGGCAACUUGGACAAUGAUCUCUAAGCAGAGCCGUUGAGGCAGCGCUCUUUGAGGCAGCACGUUCCACUGUCGUCAUUCAUGUCAGUUUCGAGUCACCAGAAAAA